UAUUAGUAAAAGGAGUUGACAUCAUAUUAAAUAGGACCAUGUUAUUACAGGAAUUGCUGACGUUUGAGGAUGUGGCUGUGGAGUUCAGUUGGGAGGAGUGGCAGCUCCUGGCCCCUGCUCAAAAAGAACUGUAUCGGGAUGUGAUGUUGGAGAACUAUAAAAAUCUGCUAUCACUGGCAUAUCAAGCUACCAAUCCAGAAUCAUGCUCCAAGUUGGAACAUGGAGGAGAACCACAAAUAAUAAAGAAUGAAAUCCAGAAUAGAACCUGUCCAGGAAUUGGGAAAGUUGACAGUCAUCUGCACGAUUAUUUUCAAAACCAAAGAUUUCUGAAGAGCAUGCAACAAUGCAGUGACCAGAAUGCAGUUAGAAAUACUGUUCAUCUGAGUAAAACAAAAUUUGCCUUAAUGCAAACUCAUGAGUUGGACUUACAUAGGAAAGCUUUGAAAUCAAGUUUAAGUUCAGUUAGCCAGAAGAGAAGAUAUGAAGUAAAAAACUCCAUUGAGUUUAAUGGAGAUGAGAAAUCCUUUCUAGAUGGUAAUCAUGAACAACUGUACACUGGAACCGAAUUCCCUGAAAGUGCAAAACACAUCAGCACUAAAUUCCAAGUCUUGAACCAUCAGAGGACUCACAAAACAGAGAAACCACAAGCAUGCAUCAAAGGUGAGAAAACCUGCAUCAGGACAUCUCAGUUUCUUUACCAUGAAAUCAUUCAUACUGGAAAGAAACCACAUGGGUGUGAUCCGUGGGGGAAAUCCUCCAAAAAUGUUUUGUUCACUAAACAUCAGGAAACUCAAACAGAAGACAAACUCUGUAUAACCAGUGAAUACAGAAAUGGUUCUACUGUGAAGAGCUGUCUCAGCAUACAUCAGCAAACCCAUACAGGAGAGAAAUCAUAUAUAUGCAAUGAAUGUGGGAAAGGCUUCACCAUGAAGCGCUAUUUGAUUGCACACCAGCGAACUCAUAGUGGAGAGAAACCUUUUGUAUGCAGUGACUGUGGGAAAGGCUUUACUGUGAAGAGCAAUCUCAUUGUGCAUCAGCGAACUCAUACAGGAGAGAAACCCUAUAUAUGCAGUGAGUGUGGGAAAAGCUUCACUAUGAAGCGCUAUCUUGUUGUACAUCAGCGAACUCACACUGGAGAGAAACCUUAUAUAUGUGAUAAGUGUGGAAAAGGCUUCACUGUGAAGAGUAAUCUCAUCGUUCAUCAGCGAUCUCAUACAGGGGAAAAAUCUUAUAUAUGCACUGAGUGUGGAAAAGGCUUCACUGUGAAGCGCACGCUCAUUAUACAUCAGCGAACUCAUACAGGAGAGAAGUCAUACAUUUGUGAUGAAUGUGGAAAAGGCUUCACCACAAAGCGCACUCUCAUUAUACAUCAGCGAACUCACACAGGAGAGAAACCCUAUGAAUGCAAUGAAUGUGGUAAGGCCUUCAGUCAGAAGAUAUGCCUCAUACAACAUGAGAGAUGUCAUACAGGAAAGACACCCUUUGUAUGUACCGAGUGUGGAAAACCCUAUUCUCACAAAUACGGUCUCAUAACGCACCAGAGAAUUCACACGGGAGAGAAACCCUAUGAGUGCAAGGAAUGUGGGAAAGCCUUCACCACAAAGUCAGUACUCAAUGUCCACCAAAGAACUCAUACAGGAGAGAAGCCCUAUGGAUGCAAUGAGUGUGAGAAAGCCUUCUCCCACUUGUCAAACCUUGUUAAACAUAAGAAAAUGCACACAAGAGAAGUAGUAGAUUCAGUCAAGUUGGAAAUUCCUUUAAUGGAGAGUCACAGCACAUUACUUAUGAGUGAACUCAUGCAGAACAAAAACCCUACUAAUGCAGUGACUGGAAAUGCCUUCUGUGGCAACCAAGACUUCAUUAAAGUGUUUGUAGCAGAUCCGAAUCAGGGUACUGCCUAUUGUCAGUUGUGUGCCCUAAGGAGAUUAAGGAAUGUGCCCAGGAGAUAAAACUGGUGAAUACAGUGACUGUGGUAGUGCCUUUAGUGAUCCUUACCUCAUUUUCUUUCAGUAAAAACAUGUCAGAAAAACUAA